AUGCGAUGGCGGGCGCGCGCCGCAUCAUCUCGCGCGAAGGAGCGCGCCAAUAUCAGUUUCUUCAUAUUCAUCAUGUUCUUCGCGGUGUUCGGUGUAAUUGUCCUAACAGAACUUCUGCUUCUAGAACGACCACCCACCAAUUCGCCUCGGCGGUACAUUGAGAGUCUACAGGGUUGGGAGGGACGAACAGACAAUGGUGGGGAGGGAGCUGAGCCGCCUCCGCCAGCGCACGCGCCGCUUGAUGCUGUUUGGCAACCAGUUGCUGGCACUAGAUUUAGAUUCUACGUCUAUUCAGCUUACGUAGAACGAAGAACAGUGGCUGCUAUUCGAGUGAUAGCCGCCACGAAGACGCGUGGGGCUGACCCCGUGGUGUGCCGCCUGUGGCUACCAGACAACCGCACACUCACACUGAAGGCCAGAGUCAAGCCGAUUCGAGAGAACUGGAACCUCAAGUACAGCGCCACGUACGUUCUUUGCUUGCUGCGAGACACUGGAGUAAAGCCGCAGGACACUGUAGGUGCUGCUGUGUCUAUCGCUGCGGCUGUAUCGCCCAACCGAGCGCCUACCAAUCUGCUUACUGUACUGGAUACGGAACCAAAGAGUGGCAUUGAGGAAACCCUUCACGUCUGCGUAAAACCUUUUCAUUUCUCGUACUCGCGCGACGAGUGGCUCAUGGAAUGGUUCGAGUUGAACAGACUUCUAGGCGCUAGCCAUUUCUACAUGUACAAUGAGUCACUGAGCGCGCCCGUUGCCUGCUUAUUAGAGCACUAUAGAAAACAGGGUUUGGUCACCCUGUUGCCAUGGAAACUGCCUAUUGUCUCCAAAAUUGAAAUCAGGACGGAAGGUCAGUUUGCCGCGUUCAAUGACUGUCUAUACCGGUCUAUGUCAUCUGCCGGUUGGCUCCUUGUCAUCGACGUGGAUGAGGUGGUGCUUCCGCGGAGAGAGAGGAGCCUGGUAGCUCUUUUGACAGCACUCCGAGCAGCCUACAAUCCACCAUCGAAGGCGCCAUCUGCGUUUCUUUUUAGAAACGCCUUCUUUUAUUUAAGAUGGGAGGAUGACGCUGAAGCCCCCGCCCCUUUAGUAACAGCACGUAAAACGCGCCGCUGGGCAGCACCACACGCAUUAAAGAACCGCAGCAAAUAUGCCCUGCGACCUCGUGAUGCGGUCGAACUGGGCAACCACUUCUUAUGGGAACUGGCCCCUGGUGCCAGUUCCGUUGGUGUGCCGACUGAGAGAGCUCUGCUACAUCACUACAGAAUCGCUUGCGAGUACGGCGGUAUGCAAUGUCUAACAGUACCAUCAACAGUGGACCGAACCGCCCACCGCUGGGCUGAAGAGUUGAAGCAAAGGGUCUCUGCUGAGAAGGAGGCAAUUUCAAAGAUAUGCCCAGCGUAA